ACAUCAACGAAACGAAACGUGCUGUGGUGAUUCUUCCCAACUAUUUAUACAACCCUCUCCCUGUUGUUGUACGCUUCUGGCAUCUCCUUCCUUCCGUCCUCCCGAUCAAAUCACAGGCUUGCAAUCUUUGUGCUACAAGAACCGCUAAUACCGAUCAAAUUCUUCUCUCCAGUGCGUUUCUCUUUCAACCUGAAUCCUGCAACCAUGAUGCCCGAAUAUGAUUAUCUGUUCAAGCUACUGCUUAUUGGAGAUUCAGGUGUCGGCAAGUCGUGCCUUCUCCUGAGAUUUGCUGAUGAUUCAUAUAUUGAGAGCUACAUAAGUACCAUUGGCGUCGACUUUAAAAUCCGAACAGUGGAGCAAGACGGGAAGGUUAUUAAGCUUCAAAUCUGGGAUACUGCUGGUCAAGAACGAUUUCGUACAAUUACAAGCAGCUAUUACCGUGGUGCCCAUGGCAUUAUUAUCGUUUAUGACGUCACAGAUGAAGAAAGCUUCAACAAUGUGAAGACAUGGCUGACAGAAAUUGACAAAUUUGCCACCGACAGUGUUAAUAAGCUUCUUGUCGGGAAUAAGUGUGAUCUAACCUCAAAGCGUGCCGUACCCUAUGAUACUGGCAAGGCAUUUGCUGACGAGAUCGGGAUCCCAUUCCUGGAAACAAGUGCAAAGAGUGCAACAAAUGUAGAAGAGGCAUUCAUGACGAUGGCAUCUGAGAUUAAGAAAAGAAUGGCAACACAACCUGCGAUGAACGCCGCCAGGCCAACAACAGUGCCGAUAAGGGGAAAGCCAGUGAACAAUCAAAGUUCCAACUGCUGCUCAUCUUAAGUACCUUGGGAGUAAAUGCUUUCUUUCAAACACAUUGCAGGAGGAGAAGCAGACAUGGGGUUUGUCAGUUGCAGAUCAAGUCCCCUGUGUACAGAAAAUUCCCAGAGAUAUUUAGAAUCACAUUGUGCUGCUGCACCCUCAUAUAUGAAUUUCUUGUAGGAUCUCAUUUGGAUAUUUUUUGUUCAUUUUCUUGAUAUGAUGGCUCAUAGUUCAAUUGGUUGCAACCCUUUAAUCUUUGUGCCCUCCUCUGAGUUUGUUUUAGUGUAGAAUGUCCCUCAAUGUCCCGCAUUUUGUGCUUCGGGGUGGUUGGGAAUAAUUUUUUCCUCUAUUGGUAAGGACUAAUAAUGACUCAAAUAGGGAGGCUGCGUAUAAAUUAUAACAAACUUG